CGCGCCCGAGCCGGGCCUCAGGGCACGCGGAGCUCGUGGGAGAGCGCGGGGCCUGAGGGGGCGGGGCGCGCGCGUUAUAUUUGGCGCCCGCAGCAGCGCGUGUGCCUGGGCGAGUUUUCCUUCCGCAGGCGCUGGCAGCCGGGGCGCCGCGGCCCAAGCUGACUCCUCUCUCUCCCUCUCAGACCCCGGCAGGGCCCAGAGGUGAUUCUGCCUGCACGAUGAUGUCCUCCUUCCUGGAGACGAGCUCUUCGCAGGCGCCAGGUCGCGAACAAAAAGAGAAAGAAAAAAAGAAAAAGCAGAAUAAGAGACCAGGGACAGGGACCUUAGCGGCUUUGGGGGUCAGCUCCGCCUGGGGCAGGCGCGCUAUGACAGUGGCUGGGUUUCCAACAGAGACUGCAGCCUCGCAGUGUCCAGGGAAGAAGCCCAGGCCAGCCCUGCCAGGGGACCUCGAGGCCUGGCGCUUGCCCGGACCCCUAGCUGGACCUCGGUCUGGUCCCCAGGGACAGCAAGCAGCAAGCAGGGCGGGCUGCACCGCCAGAGCAGCAGAAUCAAGGCUGCACGUCGAAUUGCCAGUCCUUCAAUCCGAACAUGAGAUGAGAAUGAUGGCUAUGCAAAUGAUGACCAACUCAAUAAGUGAUGCCAUGGAGAGGUACAAGGAGCUCAUACAAGUGAACAGUUCCUACCGCAUCAGGCAAUCCCAGCUCCUACGUGAACAAGCUCAAUUGAAGAACAAUAUACAGAUUUUGCUGAAUGAGAAGAGAGAACUGCUGGUGGAGCAGACUGAACUGCCAGCAUCUUCUGUGGAGACAAAGAGGUUCUGUGAAGAGGCCGGAAUGAACAUCUGUGACCCCAGAGCCACGCAACAGCAGGCCCCAGAGGUGAUUCUGCCUGCACGAUGUCCUCCUUCCUGGAGGCGAGCUCUUACCAGGCGCCACAUCGGGAGCAAAAAGAGAAAGAAAAAAAGAAAAGAAAAAGCAGAAGAAGCGGCCAGGGAAGGGGGCCUUAGCGGCGUUGGGCAUCAUCUCGGCCACGGGAGGGCGCCCUAUGACAGCGGCGGGUUUCCAACAGAGACUACAGCCUCGCAGUGUCCAAGGAAGAAGCCCAUGCCAGCCCUGCCAGGGGACCUUGAGGCAUGGAGCUCGCGGGGACCCCUAGCCCGACCUCCGGUCUGGUCCCCAGGAACAGCAAGCAGCAAGCAGCAAGCAGGGCGGGCUGCAGCCCCAGAGCAGCAGAAUCAAGUAGGAUCCUGUGUGUGCCGCGUCGUUCCUGCUGGCGAGACGUAGCGCGGGACAUCUGGUGCCAAAAACCCGGGAAAGACCUUGCCAUCGUCAGCACCUUCGGAGAUCCCUUGGCGACAAGGAGGAUUCAGAACUGCAGGACAAUGAAAAUCCCAUAUGGAUCCCAGGACGACUUACUCGGAGCAUCACAGCAAGUGAUCAAGAAGGGACUGGGACUCCUGCCCCUCCUCACUCUUCUUCCAUGGAUGCCAGCAACGGUGCAGGGCGAGCUACGAUGGGGAAUAAUGUCAACCUUUCCACUCCCGAUGCCGGUGAUGUACCACUAACAGGGAUUUAGGGUUGGCCUAUUUACCUAAGGAUCCACAGGUUGAACGACAAAAAAAAAAAAAAAAAAAAAGAAAAUAGGACUAUUCCCUUAAGGGCAGCCUUUGUUUUGGCAUAUUCAACAAAACAUCUUUUGAUCUCCCUUGCAUUAUGUUAUAUAAUCAAUCUUCUGCUUGGUUAAGGGAGGCCACAUGGGGAACUGGUGAGGAGGACAUUGUGGCUAACGCCACAGUUCUCUAUGGUGGUGGCCUUACAUUGCGUUAAUGGUAGCUGCACUGAUCUUACGCCCAUGGCGAUGCUACUUGGAGGAAAGGGCGAAAAGGGACGGUUGUCAUUUUCCUGGACGGGGAACAUCAAACCUGCUGCCUCUGUCUGGACAGCUACUCAUAUCGCAGUAGUUACCCGCAUGCCUCGCUUUAUCCCGAUACCUGUUGAUGCCCCGGGGACCAUGACCUUAUUUAGAGGAAAAAGAGAUUUUGGUACUUCUGCUAUUAUUGCUGGCAUUAUUGCUACGACAGCAGUCGCUGCCUCGGUUACUGCCUCGGCAUUGGCCUUGUCAAAUUCAGUACAGACAACCCAAACUAUCAAUGAUUUAUUGGCCACCAUCUCUGUGGCUCGGGACAGACAGGCCUCAGCCAAUACUCAGAUAUAGGGAGGCCUUAUGCUUGUCAACCAACGUAUAGAUCUGGUCCGAGAGCAAUUAGACAUUCUAUGGCAACUGGCCCAGCUUGGCUGUGAGCAAAAACUCCCAGGCCUUUGUGUCACCUCCAUAUAAUAUGACAAAUUUACCUGAGCUGCUAAUCUGUCUAAGAGUCUUUCACAGCAUCUGUUACAGAACUGGACCUCGGAGUUUGAACAGACACUUCGGGAGCUGAGAGCGACCAUCAUUCAAGUAAAUUCUACCCGACUGGACCUGUCUUUGACGGAGGGAUUGUCGUCCUGGAUCACCUCAGCAGUCUCUUAUUUCAAGGAAUGGGUGGGAGUAGGACUUUUUGGAGUGAUCCUCUGCUGUGGAUUAGUGUUACUCCUCUGGUUGCUUUGCAAAUUGAGAUCUCAAACAAGAAAGGACAAAGUAGUGAUCGCCCAGGCGCUUGUAGCCCUUGAACAAGGAGCGUCAGCCGAUAUCUGGUUGACCAUGCUCAAGCAACAGGUCGCCGGCUGGACAGCUCUUGCACUCCUAGAACCUCGGUUCAUUGCACAGGAUUAGAGUGUCCGGCUUGAGCAGCCCAUGAGGGGUGACUUAGCAUCGCACAGGGAAGUUCUACCAAAUAUGCUCCCUGGAAGGCAUGUCAUAUUACAUGAGGGUUUCUGCCCCAGUUUUCCCUCCCUCGAAAAAUGGCAGUGUGACGGGUCGGGAGUGCCCUGGGUCCCAACAACAGCCUAAGGGUAUCUCUCUUGUACAGGUUCGCCAACUUUGUACGAGGAUAUGACCUCUGUCUUCACCCUCCUAUAUCUGGGUGUCCUGUUUGCUUAAAAAAAAAACAGAAAAGGGGGAGAUGUGAGGAGCUGUCCGAGGAGCUGUCCUCACAGAUGUGAGGAGCUGUCCGAGGAGCUGUCCUCACAAACUCCAUUACAAGAUGGCACCGGCAUCUGGCAGAACGCACCUAGUAAAAAGGGCAAUACGCAGGCGCCUGGUAACUUCCCUACUCAAAGGGACACAUACGUUUUGGUACGUCAUCUGGCAUAAUUGGCAGCGACCAGUCAGAGAGUGACACGUCCUAGGCGAGGAUAGUUUCCUAUAUAAGGGACGGUUAUUCCUCACUCUCCGUCUCCGCGUUGUAAGCUUAUGCUCUCCCUCUCAAGACGCAUUAAAGCUUUUCUGUAGUAGGAUCCUGUGUGUGCCGCAUCGUUCCUGCUGGCGAGACGAAGCGCGGGACAUACAUAUUUCUAUGCUAUACUGUGUAGAAUACAAUUCUAUUAUAUGUCAACAUAUACAGUUUGCUCAAUAUGAUUUCUGUGAAUGUUAUCAGUCAUGGGGAAAUAUUAAGAGCCUGAAGAAACAUGCACAAUAUUUGCAGAAUGCACAUAAAAUAGGAGAUGGUAUAUAAGCAAAAAUGUGAAUUACAUCACUUACAGCUUUCAUAUCGAAUGCAAUUUAAAAUGUUUAAUAGAUUAAAAAUAUUUAAAUCAUCUUUA